CAGCUGUGCUUCAAUCAGACAGCCACGUUCUCUUAAUUUGUUUCCGUGGAUAAACAAAGACUCAAUUAACCUGUUUGGUUUGGGAAGGGAGCUGAAGCUCGUUUCUGAACGAGUCCAGGUUGCCAGGUUUCGCCUGCAGAGCCGCGUCGGGGGAUGGACCCAGCCCGGAGGGAGGCUGCCGGGAGCCGGCUGGAGAGGAGCUGCCACACGGCGUUCAUUCACAGCAACACGCUGUACGUGUGGGGGGGUUACCAGGUAGUCGCUGGGGAGGAUGUCACGUUGCCCAGUGACGAGAUAUGGCUCUGUGAUUUUGACAGCGGGAAGUGGGAAUGCAAGGAGAUCACUGGAGACUGUCCCUCAGAAUUGUCUGGUUUCUGUGGCUCCAAUAUUAACAGCACUCUCUACAUCUUCGGAGGAUGUGACCCUGAUGGAUACUCCAACCAGCUGUUCAGCGUGGAUGUGGCUCAGCCGUGCUGCUCCUGGACCAGAGUCUCUGACACAAAGGGAGCGACGCCCUCACCCCGUAACAAACACUCCUGCUGGGUUCACAGAGGCAGACUGAUCUACUUUGGUGGGUAUGGCUGUAAGACUGUCAGGGAGGUACAGAACACAUCGUCAUCAAGCUUCACUGUGGAAGAGAUGUCCUGGGCAACGAUCGGGAACACUUUGUUUCGGUGCUGGGGAUGGAACAACGAGGUCUGGGUCUUUGACCCACAGUCCUCCACAUGGACUGCACCCGAGAUUCGGGGUCCCCCUCCUGCUCCCAGAGGCUGCCAUGCCAGUGCCCUGCUGGGGAACAAAGGUUACAUCUCUGGUGGCGUGGAAACGGCAGAGUUGGACAUUUUCUGCUUGGAUCUCGACAACUGGACUUGGAGUAGAUUCGACAUCUUGCCUUCUGGUGCACCUCUGGGGCGCUCAAUGCACACCAUGAGCUCCAUAUCGGACCAAGUCCUGUUCAUAUACGGUGGCCUCGGCGUGGAUGGAAACACCCUGAAUGAUGCCUGGCUGUUCAACACACAGAGGAGAGAGUGGAUGACGGUGAAGCACCCACACAAAGACAAGCCCAGGGUUUGUCACACUGCUUGCCUGGGCAGUGACAAUGACGUCGUGGUCUUUGGCGGAAGCAGCAACCUCUGCAUCCUUGUGGACUCGGUGGCUGUUCUGAGGGCUCCAAGGCAACACCACUGCAGUGAUGUUCUCAUCUUCCAGACUCAGCCGUACUCCCUCUGCAGGUUGUGUGAGGACGUCAUUGGAGGAAACGCUGAGCUGUUGAGGUCGCAGCUCGACUUGCUGCCCUCAAAGCUGCGUAACAAAAUUGUCAAAAGGGCUGCAUGUUUGUCGGCCAUGAAGCCAACUCUGACAGCGUGAAGGACUGUUUUCACAGCAACACUAGUCUGUCCCUGUUACUAAUUUCUGUCUUCGAUUCGUUUGUUUUGCGAAAACUUUAAGAUGGUGCUUUGUUUUUUUUUGUUUUAACUUUAACAUGAUUUGUAAAAAAAAAAAGUUUUAAUCUGUUGUGGUUACCUUUUACUGUUUAGUGAUGUUACAUUUGUUAAUAAAGCUCAUUAUAUUUCCUA